AUGAAUCCAAAUGGGACUGUGAGUGUACAUUAUGACGGGUUUCAAACCCAAUUCAGGGCUGUAAUGGAAACAAUAUUACAGGCUGCUGUGAGGGAAGCAACGAAGCUUUUUGAAGUCUCUUUACAGACCUUGAAAGCGGAGUUGGUGCAGAUACAGGAGAACGCCAACCUAACGACGACAGGUGAUUCAUCCAUUCCAGACAACAGGAGAAACACGACAGAAGGAAAUCAGAGCAUUCUGAUCAUCUCUAAAUAUCGAGAUGUUGGCGUGCAAUGUGAAAAGCCCAUUUUGGUUGACCAGGGCUGCAGUCCUCAUCCUUGUAUAGGACAGCUUCAUGUCGGAGACUUCACGAGUGAUAAACUCGCUGAUCUCUGCGCCAGUGAGGAUGGCAGGAGACAGCUUGCUUUGCUUCUCAUCAAACAAGAGCCCCAGGAGACUGAAUGUAAUAACUACGCACCAGGAUACUUUCUACUGAAGCAAGAGGGUGCUGAACCAAUACUGGUGCGCAAAGAGCCAAAUAAGGAAACCAUGGAAAGGGUUGUGAUCCCACCAGCUUUUCAACCAAUAACCAGCCAUCAUGGUAUCUCUAGGGAGAAAUCACCUCAAUCCGUGACUUCCUCCUGUAGUCACAGAGUGGAUUUUUGUGCUAACAAAUCCAACCAGCGUGUACACCCAGCCAGAGAUACAGCUAAAAGAUCAUUAGAAAACACUGAAGACUCAUAUUCCCAAAAGCAGACAGAAAGAGCAAGUGCCAUUGCACCAACCCAGGCAUCAACUUUUUCAAAACAACAUGCCAAUUCAACCCAAACUCCUGUUUCUAUGGUUAACGUGUCCGUGCCAAUGAUUGAACUAUCUGGUGCUCCAGAGUGCACAUCCAUACAUCAAACCAAGCCAACAGCAGUACAUCUUCAACCAAACCAACAUUCUAAAAGAUCAAACCAAACGCUAUUCUAUCAGAAAGAUCUUGCCUCAAAUGUCUGUCAUCCAAACACCUUCCGUUCCACCCAGUUAGCACAACCCACCAUUCCUCAAAGUCAAGUCUUAGUACAGGAGACUCAUUUCUCCAAUCAACCGGUUCAGUCACAUGUUACACAUACAGAGAAAACUCUUUCAAUAAGUCAGUCCACAGAGUUAUUAACCUGUUUUUCUCAGCUCACUCAACAGCCCAUCUUUUCACCACAGGCCAUUACGUCAUCACCAGUCCAGGAUCAGAUUCUCCCAUCCAGUCUUAUUCCACCUCAAGCCCAGGUUUAUGCUUCAUCUCCGCAGAUGAGUCCGUCAUUCCAGUUUCCAUUGGUGCCACAACACAAUCCGUCUCUGGCAACUCAACCUUCUUAUUUUUCAAAGCAUAUUCCAUUUACACCUCACCACCAUCCAGUUACACCAAUUCAGAGAUCCAUCUCCACACUUUCAGGUCCUUCAACAGAUACUCUAAACCAACCCCAUCAUCCUACACUUAUGCAAUCUCAAUAUUCAACACAACUGGAUCAGUUCUCUUCUUCUUCUUCUUCUGACCAUUUUUUUUCUCCACCUGAUAAUACGUCAGGUUUGCUUGAAUCUCUGGAUACUCUGCAUUUGCACUCACCCAUUGUUAUAACGGCACAAGAUGAUCCAGAACAUACGUCUAUGCAUCAUUCGCAUCCAUUCGGUAAACUUGCACCUCUGCUGACACAGAAAGAGCAACAAGCUGCAGUUUCCACCAGUUCUAAUGUUGUUAUAGGGAGGGAACCCAUUUCACAUUUAGAGACGCCUUUGGAAACAGCAGACGUACAGUUGUCUCCUUACUGUAGUGCUUCAGGGGGUACAGAAAAAAGUGACCUCUCAGAGGAUGACGUAAAACAAACUUGUUCCACAUCCAAACCAAUAAAUGACGACAACUUAUUUCCAGUCAAGGACACGAGGAUGGACAAGAUUCAGAAUGACUCUGUUAAUGAACCAACACUUGUUUCCUCAAAUAUUCCUCAAAAAUUACCAAAAACGUCUGGGAAAACAUUGUAUAGGAGUACGGAAUGCUCUGAAUGUGGAAGGGUCCUUAGCAACGCCUCCGCCCUGGAGAACCACAUGAGACUUCAUACAGGUGAGAGACCUUAUACCUGCUCCCAGUGUGGAAAAGCUUUCCCUAGCGUUCGAGGUCUUAACCGGCACUUAAAGGUCCACGCCGAAGAGAAGCGGUAUCAGUGUGAGGAGUGUGGAAAGAGUUUUGUUUACCACUUUACGCUUACCAAACACCAGCUCAUCCACUCUGGAGAACGACCGUUUCCUUGUAAAGUUUGCGGGAAGAGGUUUUUGGCUAAAGCAGACCGCUCUACACACAUGCGUAUGCACACUGGCGAGAAGCCGUUCUCUUGCGCUCAAUGCGGGAAGAAGUUUAAACACAGAGUUGCUCUGAAUAUGCAUAUGCAGGGCCACAGAGGAGAGAAACGCUACGUUUGCCCCAUCUGUGAGAAAGGAUUUGUGGAUCUUGGUAAUUUUAAAAGGCACAAGCUUAUUCACACAGGAGAGAGACCGUUUGAGUGCAAGGAAUGCGGAAAACGUUUUACUCAGUCAGCCCAUCUCAAGAAACAUGUUAAUACGCAACAUGUUACCUGAGGCAAGUAAAAAUACAGAUGGUCCAUUGUAAAAGACAAAUAUUUUUGAGAAAAUGUAACAGACCUGUUUCUAAAGUAAUUUACAAGCUGCUCCUCAAGGUUUGUGGCAGUUAAUGACUGUUUUAAAAUAAGCUUUCUAUACAGCAGUAUAGCAGUAGGGUUUCCCAAACAGGUGAUCGCAAACCCCUAGUGGUUCAUAACAAAGGUUAUGUAAACAUUUUUAAGCACGAUGCAAUGUCGCAAUCGUAGAGAAUUUAUAAAAAUACCUGUAAAAUGGUCAAAGUUGCAUUCAAUUAGUUUAGUCAGACACAGUAGAAUCUCUCUAAAAUUAUUUUAGUGGUAGGACAACUCUUAACUGGACGAAUUUUGCUGCCGCUCCUACCUAAACAGCCCUCUAUCGGCUGAAAUCACACUUGUAACAUUGGUUUGCGGGUAGGAUCCCAAGCCCCGCCCAUCACCUGCUUUACGGCAUACAUCACGUUUUACUCAUAGCCUGGGUGAAGUUAGCCAACAUCUAACAAUAAGACGAGACCAUCUAGUUCAGGGGUCUCCAACCUUUUUGUAAGCGAGGGCUACCUGAAGAUAUAAAAUCACCUAGAGGGCUACUUGUUGAUAAAAUACUUUCAAACUUGAAACACGUGAUGCAUUAUUUUUAGGCUCACAGGACCAAAUUCUGUUUUCUUUCACAUAUUUUUCCACUUGAAUAUAUUAAAGCUUACAACGCGUGCUAAUAACAUUUCAUGAUGAUGUAGCACUUGGCUGAUACCUAUAGUCACAGAUUCGUCAACUGUCCUGAGCAUUAUUGUUGAGCCCUGUGUUUGGCGGGCACCUUACAGAGUUUAUGCGGGCUACCAGGUGCCCGCGGGCACCACGUUGGAGACCACUGAUCUAGUUCAACGCAAGUCUCCAAACCAUCACCAUGGCAGAGCCUGCAAAAAAAUAAAGAGGGUUUUGUCAGAGGAAGCGAAGAAAAGAAAGAGAGAGAGUGAUCGGACUUUAGCCCGAUCACGAAUCAAUAUUGGACAGGCUAACACUUUGCAACGGGUUGCAAAACUGAUGGAGACCUAGCGGUCCUGCUACUGGAUUUGUAAGUGUUAUAUGUCAAUUUUUCUUACACUCCUGUACUUUUGAGCUUAUUUGUUAUUAGGAUCUGUUCAGGUUGUUCAUUGGCGCACCACCGGUUCACAAUUUAUAAUCUUAAAGUAGCUGAGAGAUAAUAUUUUGUUGCCCUGGUGUCGAUAGCUAGCAUGUUGUUUCUCGUCACGAAUUUGUGUAAUGCAUGUAAAUGAAGACUACCAAACCACAAUAAACGUUUUGUGGUAAAAAUGUGCAGGUUCCGUAGUUCAGACCAGUUAUGCGCGUACGGCGGUUACAUCAGCUUUGUAAACAAAUUCACGUGUAUUGACAACGGAGAAACUUUGCGACAGUAUUUACGACACGCGUAUCAGACAAUUGCGCUUAUCAACCACAUGGGGUAACCAUACACCAAAACGGCUCAUUGUUGCUUUAAUGGCUUCAUGUAGCUCUACACACAGCUACAUGAUCCACUUCUAUCACAAUGUUAACAGACUACAGAGGAAUUACAACAGGCUCAAAUGAACCUUCCUGGUAAUUGCAAUGAGACGAUUAUAUAAUAAUUGCGACAGCCCUAGCUUUACAGUAUAUCCAUUGUAAAUUAUUAUUUGACAGGUUCCUUAAUGAAAAAAGCCUGUAACAGCAAAUCUACUUUGCAUAGACAUUAAAAAACAGCAGGGUUGAUGUGGGUCCUACACCAGGUACUGUCAAAUAUCUCCUGUUGGAUAUUAAUGAAAGGCAUUCUAAUUUUGUAAAUAAAUCCAUGUUGAUAAAGCACAAAAUAAAGAAUAAAGCUCUCUGUGCAUUUUGAA